UUUCAAAACAACUGAAAGCCGAGAAGCUUUAAACAUCAACGAACUUCACAUGUGAAUUUUUACAUUACAGUUUUUCUACAAUUUUCUACAAGAAAUUUUACAAGUUUUUAAAGAGGGACUUCAUCAUAACAUACACAAUUAACCUGAGACAUUUCUGUUAAUUUAUAAUGAAAGUUGCGAGUGAGAAUAUUUCAGCGAUGGCUCCCUUAAAGCCGUUAAACAGAGCUGUCACAGGCACCACCCGUCUAAACCAAAAAGCCUCAAUUUCUACCAGAAGUCGGUCGUCACUAUUGACAAAUGCACAAAUACGACCAAAACGAAAAGCCGACUUUUCUCCCGUCAAAGAAAAUGCUAAAAGAACAGCAAUGGGUGAUAUCACCAACAACAAAAAGAAUGAAGAUAAAAAGAAAACCACUUUGAAACAGCCUGUAAAAAAAACGAUCGUUCAAGUCAAAACACUGCCCUCGGUCAGAACCGUGACCAAACCCAAGCAAAAUGAGAAUGUUCUACCCCCUCUAGCCCCUUGCAUUAACGGGGUGGUGACUAGGGCUACAGUGAAAAACGUCACAAGUGGCCAGACGGCAAUCAAACCCAAAGAAACGCUCAAAGAGAUCUCUAAUGUUAGUAGAAUCAAGACAAGACUGAGCAAUGAGUUUGAAAAGACUGAAGAUUCUCUCUAUUCGUCAGCAUUGGAGGAACUCAAUGAUUCGAUUAGUUCCAGUGGAGCCAAAGUUAAGGAAGCGAAAACGCCCCCCAGUGAUGAGAAAUCCCCAAACCUGUCUGUAGUCUCUUUCGUGGCCCAACAGCUCCAAAAUAAACUCAAUUUGGGUAAUCAUGAAGUUCCUGAAGGAGUGCCUGAUUUUGAUAAGGAGAACUGGGACGACAUCCAUCAAGUGUCCCACUACGCAAUGGACAUUUUCAAUUAUAUGAAGAGUCGAGAGUCACUGUUUGAUAUCACUGACUACAUGGACAGACAAGUCUGUCUUACAAGUUGGAUGCGGUCGCUUCUAGUCGACUGGAUGGUUGAAGUGCAAGAAAGUUUUGAACUGAACCACGAGACGCUUUACUUAGGAGUAAAAUUAGUCGAUUUUUACUUAAGCCGGAUGACUGUCGGCAAAGAAACCUUGCAAUUAGUAGGCGCGGCUUCCAUGUUCAUAGCUAGUAAAUACGACGAAAGAAUUCCACCAGCCAUCAACGACUUUUUGUACAUUUGUGAUGGGGCCUACACGUGCCGGGAGCUCGUCCGAAUGGAAAUAAAUAUUUUGAAAGUCUGUGAUUUUAAUCUGGGCAUUCCAAUCAGCUACAGAUUUCUCAGGAGAUACGCUAGAUGUGCCAAAAUCACAAUGCCUGUGCUCACCCUCGCAAGAUUUAUUUUAGAAUAUUCGUUGAUGGACUAUGCUACUGUUACUGUACGCGACUCAAAACUGGCCUCAGCGUCACUAUAUCUAGCACUGAAGAUGAAAAAAAUUAGUGGGUGGACCACCGCGUUAGAGUUUUAUUCAGGCUACAAACUUGAAGAUUUUGAAGAAGUUGUUAUUUUAUUAAACGACGGGUUACACAAAAAACCGAAAAGUCCACUAAUGACUGUAAGAAAUAAGUAUUCUCAUAAAAUAUUCUUCGAAGUAGCCAAAAUCCCACUUAUAAGUAAUGAAGAAUUGUUCGUUUAGGCCAAUUGAUUUUUGAUACUUUACAUGUUUGUGAAGUGAUUUUAUAUCUGUUUAUUUUGCAUUUUUUAAGUCCCGGGUCUUAACUUAGAUGUAUUUUAUUGUUUUUAAAUUAUAUUAAUUUGUAUCGUG